CACCCCUUUCUGAACAGACAAGAAAGAAACAGGAACAGUUACUUCAUUCUGUUCCUGACACAUGAUGGAUCUGCGUGUCUCUGUUGUUCUUCUGUUCAUUUUUCUCACUGGAGGAUACUCUCUGAAGUGUUACAAGUGCAUAUCUGCUCAGACGGGUUCCUGUAAUGCAGUAGAGGAGACAUGUGGAGAUGGAAUGUCCAAAUGUGAAAGCAAAACAGUAGAACAAUCCAUUGGUUCCAAUAAGGUGUCUAUCACAACUAAACGGUGUUCAGCUACAUGUGAAGCUGGGACCCAACAGGCCCUGACUGGGUCAGUAACUACCCAGUGCUGUAACACUGACCUCUGCAAUGCUGCAGAUGGCGUGUAUAAGGGAAGCUUCCUGCUUCUGUUGUCUCCUCUGCUCUUCUACUUCCUGUUUCAGUGAAUCCAGCUGCGCUUGUCAAUCAUGAAAAUGUGCUUUUGGCUGUUCAAUUAUAUGGUUAACCAAUCAAAUAAUUGAAAUGCUUAAAACAAUAUAAC